CGGAGUUCUGCUUCCGGGUCAGACCGUUCUCAGCCUCGAGAUGAGGAAGAUGGCGGCUGCCGUGGCCUCGUUUGCCACGCUGGCGGCGGAGCCCGGAGAGGACGCCUUCCGGAAACUUUUCCGCUUCUACCGGCAGAGCCGGCGGGGGACGGCGGACCUGGGAGCGGUCAUCGACUUCUCGACGGCGCAUGAGGUCCGAAGCGCGAGGCCCGGCGUGCCCAAGGUGGUCAGAUUUCAUCUGAAUGUGUCCUCAGUGACUGAACAUGAUGCCUGUAGGGCAGGACUGCAGCCUGUGAGCAAGUGGCAGGCCUAUGGACUUGAAGGCUACCCUGGAUUUAUUUUCAUCCCAAACCCAUUCCUCCCAGGAUGCCAGUGGCACUGGAUAAAACAGUGCCUUAAGUUGUACUCCCAGAAACCUAAUGUGUGUAACCUGGACAAACACAUGAUUAGAGAAGAGACCCAAAGUCUAUGGGAGCAGAGCAAAGAGUUCCUAAGGUCUAAAGAGGUGAAUAAACGGAGACCCCGAAGUUUACUAGAGAGACUGCGCUGGGUCACCCUGGGGUACCAUUAUAACUGGGACAGUAAGAAAUACACAGCAGAUCAUUAUACACCUUUCCCUUCUGACCUGGCUUUCCUCUCAGAGCAAGUCGCUGCUGCCUGUGGAUUUCAGGGUUUCCAAGCAGAAGCAGGUAUCCUGAAUUACUACCGCCUAGACUCCACACUGGGGAUCCAUGUGGACAGAUCUGAACUAGAUCACUCCAAACCCUUGCUAUCCUUCAGCUUUGGACAGUCUGCCAUCUUUCUCCUGGGUGGCCUCCAGAGAGAUGAGGCCCCUACAGCCAUGUUUAUGCACAGUGGUGACAUCAUGGUGAUGUCGGGUUUCAGUCGCCUGUUAAAUCAUGCAGUCCCUCGAGUCCUUCCACAUCCUGAUGGGGAAUGCCUGCCUCACUGCCUGGAGACACCUCUCCCAGCUGUCCUCCCUAGUGAUUCACUAGUUGAGCCCUGUUCUGCAGAAGACUGGCAGGUGUGUGCCACCUAUUUGAAAACUGCCCGAGUUAAUAUGACUGUCAGACAGGUACUGGCCGCAGGCCAGAACUUCCCUUUAGAACCCAUGGAGGAGACAAAAAGAGACAUUACUACAGAUGGCAUGUGCCAUCUGGAUGACCAGAAUAGCCCAGUAAAACGGGCGAGGCUAAAUCCUGAUACCUAACUAAGGCUUAAAGAUUAGAUUCUUACUCAGGCAGGCUUGUGUUACCAUGCACUCUAGCCCCAAGGCAAGCCGCACACAGGGGCAGGGAAGAAGUUACCCGACAUGCUGCUGAGUCCAGUUCCAGCUUGGUACAAGCAGGAAUGUGGUUGUCAUACCUCGUAGGUGUAAUAAUGACCCACCUGGAUUUCUCAUCCUCUGAUGUUAUCUCCACAGGAGGAAGGAGUUGAGUCUGUGGUGUGUCACUACCUCAAGGUUUAUUAAUAGGGAAUAGUGUCUUCCUCCUGGCAGCAGAUUUCUGAACCAGCAACCAGAAUUCCUAACCCCUCCUGGUCAUCAAAUUUUUUGAGUUCUUUCUUCGCUCUUCUUUCUCUGCCCUCAGAGGAAUCUUAUGCACAUGAAAACAAUGGAAUUAAAGUGUUCCCAGGAGCUGGAGUUAUCACUAGUUUGCAUGCAUACCAUACACUAAGUCCUGAGUUCAAUGCCUUGUACUACAUAAGUCAGGUAGUGCAGGACUGCCCUAGCACUAAGUUCAAGGUCAUUUUCAGCUACAUAACAGGUUCGGGGCUAGCCUGAGCUACAUGAUUCUCAAACAUCACAGUGGCCCUGUAAAGAAAGUAGUCACAGCUGUAGCUUUUACUUAGAGAUAAAUAUAUGUAAACCAAAGGAAAGGGGACAGUAGUCUCUGUGUCCUUAUGUUUCCAAACUCUUCCUGGUGGCUUUUUAAUGAACUAAAAGUCUCUAGGGUGUUUUGUUAACUGUUUUCCCCAAGAAUAAACACUCCAUCUGAAAUUAAAA